AUGUCCGACGCCCUGAAUUCGCCCUCUUUUUCUUUCACUUUCCUUUGCGAUUGGCUCUUUGCCUUGACCCGUCGACCAGUGUCGGCUGCCAUUACCCGAGCCCAUGACGGCCAGAGAGAAGCAUCUGUUGCUAUCUACAUGUGCAACACCCAACCCGGGUCGUUGAUAAUGCACCCGUUCACCUCCUUUCAUUUUCUGUAUUCUUUCUUGAUUUACCCUUCUUUUCUUUUUUGGAUUUUUCUUUUACUUUCUUUUCUUCAUCUUUCUAAUUUUCUACGAGAGUUCGCUAUCUAUCAUCUAUCUAUCUAUCUAUCUAUCUAUCUAUCUAUCUAUGUAGUAUAUACACAAAUCUAUCUAUCUAUCUAUCUAUCUAUCUAUCUAUCUAUCUAUCUUAGCAUGUUCAUAUCUAAGUAUACACAAAUCUAUCUAUCUAUCUAUCUUUCUAUCUAUCUAUCUAUCUAUCUUAAUCUUUUUCUUCUUUCUUAUCCACCACUUCCUCCUGUUUUCUCCUCCUACUUUUCACCUGCUAUUUUCCUCCUUUAUCUUCUCCUCCUUUUGUCUUCUAUUCCUCCUCCCCCUCUUCUUCUUCUUCUUCUUCUUCUUCUUCUUCUCCCAAUUAUUCCUCCUCUUUACUUCUUCUUCGUCCUUCACCUCUUCAUCUUACUCUUCUUCUAUUACAUAUACAUCCACUUCCUCCACCACCUCCACUUCUUCUUCUUCUUCUUCUUCUUCUUCUUCUUCUUCUUCUUCUUCUUCUUCUUCUUCUAUCUCCUUUUCUUCCUUCUUGUUCCUUCUCCUCUUCUUCUUCUUACUCCUCCUUUUCCCCGUCAUCUACUUCCGCCUCCUCUUCCUUCUUCUUCUUCUUCUUCUUCUUCUUCUUCCACGUCUUUCCUUCUUCUUCGCCAUCCACCUCUUCAUCAUACUCUUCUUCCACCUAUACAUUCACUACCUCCAUCAUCUCUUCUUCUUCUUCUUCUUCUGCCAUUUCCUCCUCUUCCUUCUUGUCCCUUCCCCUCUUCUUCCUCUUCCCCGUCAUUUACUUCCGAAUUUUCUUCUUUCACCCUCUUCUUCUUCUUCUUCUUCUUCUUCUUCUUCUUCUUUCACUUUGAAUUUCCCCCCCCCCUUCAUUUUCCUUCUUCCUCAGAUUAA